GCGCGGCGUGAACCUCGCCAACCCUCGCCCCGCAGCCGAGGGGCCAGUGACUUUGGUGGCAUUGUAACACGUGCGCGGAGAAACAGCCCUUAUAAUACGAUUAUCUCGGUGUUUAUCGCGGCGAUAUCGCGACAGAGCUUUUUUCCACUUUCGCGGGAACGCCUAAGAUCCUUGUUGUCGUUGUUGUCGUUGUCUUUUUCAUUUUUAUUUUCUCUUUUUUCAUACCGUUAUGCAUCCCCAAAACUGUCGUCGCACGUGAUUUUCACCCUCUCCGUCCUUGUGUAGAAUCAAAUUUUACGAAGAGAUAGUUAAUAAAUAUGAAAAACCCGUCAACGAUAUAACGAUAAUAAUAAUAAUCACAACUGCAAAAUAGCAAACGAGAAGAAUAGAACGUUAGGUAUGAACUGGUCCGAAAAUCGGCUGGAGCAAAGACACUCCGGGUGACAACGAUUGCCGAGGAAAGUGUAAGCGCGGUUCGGUUAACGUCUUGGUGAAAAACGAGAAGAAUAUUAUCGGAGCAACGUUAGGACGAUUGAUUAUUGUGCGAUGUUCGAGGCUGGUGACGAACGCGAGUGAGUGACGGUUUACCGAUGAAAUUCUGACGACGAGGUGGAAUUCGUUCGAAAGUUGUUACACAUUUUUCGAAAAAAUAUGCGAGCGAUGGCUGACCCUCCUAAACGCGUAACAACCCGAUAUUGGUGUAUUAAUGUUGUAUGAACAAGGCAUAUAAUAUUGAGGAAAGUGAAGGGGAUUUGAAAAGUGGUACAAAGUUUUCACUCUGGUAUUCGGAAUCCUUCCGUCAGUUUUCACCGGUCUGAUUAAAAUCUGUAGUGCUCUGAAAUAAUAACGCUCUGAAAGAUUAAACCUACUUAUCGUUAGCGAUUUCCCUGGCGCGUCACUUCGCGUCCGCAGCCCAGCCCUGCGGCUGUAAAUAGCGGUAGCCUUUAAGGUCGGUGAAUAAAAUUUUGAAGUAAUAAAAAAUAGCUCGAAGCUGUCGAAGCAGAGGUGGGUUAGACGAUGAGAUUAGGAGGAGGCAAGCGGACCGGAUAUAGCGGUCUGUGAAAUUCGAUUUUUUUCCCCCUUCUAUCUUUCUGUUCCACCUACUAUGAUAUCUUCCGAUCCUCCGCUGCAGUGAGCUGUAACCCGAGGGUGCCGUGUAUCUGACAUAGUCGAAUCGUUUUGCGGAAACCCCGCUAGUCGAAUCGUAUUAAAAAUCAUUUGGUCGAGAAAUGCAAACAUAGGUUUCUUAUAGAAUUUAUUAUAAUAUUUAAUCCAGUUAUAAGAGACGUACGAGUAUAGGGCGUUAUAUAGGUGUGCGUACAUAUAUAUAUAUUCGUAACGUACUGGCUGGGCACAGACCUAAGGCUUACUGAAUGUUAGAACCUAAGCUAUGCCGUUGGAGGCCAUAAUCCACUUAUGCUGUGAACGCUUAGCGGUGUACUAACCAUUCGACCAAGUUCCUUUGCUGGAUUCUUUUCACCGUCAUCAUGACAAGAAAGAAACUAUCCGUCUUCGGAAUAAAUCCAAACUGUCGUUGGAAUUAGUGGUAGAAAUUGCGAGCUGUUGGUGCGAUGUGAUUAUUUUUACGAUAAUUUACCCCGUUAUUUUUGGUUUUUCGUUGAUUACGCGUGAAUCUGAGGUAUAAUUAUCGUUUGUCAUUUCGCGAAACGAAACGAGAGACUCGAUUAACAGAUCACGUAUAUUAUAAACUAACUAAACGCACGUGGAAUCCGCUAAUAAAUAUAUAGCUAAAUGCUAAUAUCCAUUCGCGUUACACAGGGAGACCCUUGUCGCCUUGCCCACGAGGGAAUCCAGUUCGGUAACGUAAGUGGUUUUUAAGGAGCCGUGUUAUACCGGCGGACGGUCCGCACUUCGGGGAUUUCCGGGGAAAAGUUUGCCGACUUAUCUCACCGUUUCUGAAGGCUUACGCCGUGGAUGGAGUUUUGAAAUCUCCUGGGAAGCGGCCAUUAUAGUGCGGGAAAUGACAGAGUAUUGGCUUAGCCGGUUCGGAUCGCAUGCAAGCCCUGAUACCACCCUCAACUCGCGCGGAAACGCCGCUUCUUGCUAACAACUAUCGCACGUAAAAAGGAUCUCUUUAGUUUUCCGCAUCGAAGGAUCCUAUUAAGGGGAAGAAUUCGAGCGGACCGAGGGAGUUUCCCGAUCCCAUCAUUACACAGACGGCACCUCGCGGCCUCGAAGAGACCAAAACCAACCGCUGCUCUCGCCGAGGUCUCGAGAUCACCGAGGAGCUGGGAACCCCCGGAGAAAAUGUCCCACGUAACGCACAACGGGCGAUCCCAGCCCACCAAAGCCAGACGGGAGGAGACAUGAAACUGUCGGUAUCGGCGUAUCGAGCUCAGGCCAGUGCUCACAAGAAGAUUCUGUGCAGUUAUCAGCACCAGCUGAGCUACGGCGCCACCAGCCAGGCCGGGGGCCCUCGCACUCCGUCCGACCCCGCAGCGGGCCUGAAUUUCAAGGUGGAUCGGGCGGAGAACGACGCGGGCCGGGCGGGUGGGCUGGGCCCACCAUCAGUCCACGGUCACAAGCCUGGCGGGUCGGGUUGUGGGUCAGGGCCUGGAUCCAGGAUGGUCCCAGGGCCAGACUCAGGGAGCAGCGCGCCGUCCUCGGUUCCUCACUCCUUGGCCACAUCCCGAGACGACGAAGACGACGACGAGGAUGACAGCAGCAGUCGACGGCAGGGUGGAUCGAGAUCAUCGGAAAGGUAUCGUCGCCGAGCUUCGCUCCGGAAAUCAAUGAGCAACGGGCUUGCCGCGACAUCAACCGCGUCCAACUCUCUGGACAGUGCAGGCGAAGCUGCAGUUGCCGAAGCUGCGAAACGGCCACGAUGCACGCGAGGCUCGCAAAAAUGGAGCAACGUCCGUGCCGUGAUGACCCUAUAUUCUUCACUCCGUAAGAUCAAGAGAACGAAGAGUAACCAGCGGUGGAUGAAACUGCGAACCACGGUUCAGCUGUCAUCGGCAAUAUCAACAAUUCAAAAGAAGCCUCCAUUGAAGCGCGAGGAUUCGUUCCUGAAGCGAUUUUCCACCCGACAAAUACCGGAAAGUCAGGAAACUUUGGACACCGCUGAAGGUGAAGGCGAUGCAACGGACGACAAGGAUUCGGGUGUUCGCAGAAGACGUCCUCGGAGGACGCAACGCCCGCCAAAAACUGUCGUGAAUCCAGACGAAAAUUUCUAUUAUUACUGGUUGAUGCUUUUGUCAACCUGCGUUCUAUAUAAUUUAUGGACACUGAUAGUGAGACAAAGUUUACCUGAACUCCAAGCCUUGGCACCGGCUGCUUGGCUAGCAUGUGACGGAUUUACCGAUGUAGUUUUUUUUCUCGACGUUGGUGUGCAGUUUCGCACCGGCUACCUUGAGCAAGGACUGAUGGUGUAUAACAGUAAAAAAUUAGCCGGACACUACUUCAAGUCGAAAUCGUUCAUACUGGAUUUGCUCGCGUUGCUGCCGUUGGACCUUUUGCAAGUGAAUCUCGGCAGUAACCCGUUGUUAAGGUUUCCUAGAUUUUUAAAAGUUUAUCGAGUGUACGACUAUUAUUACAUGGUGGAAUCGCGAACAGUAUACCCAAACUUCUGGAGAGUUUUAAAUCUAAUUCACAUUCUGUUAAUACUCGCUCAUUGGUUUGGAUGUUUUUAUUAUUUACUAAGCGAAGCUGAAGGCUUCCAAGGAGACUGGGUGUAUCCUUACAGGCCAGGAGAAUACGCCACUCUGACCAGAAAAUAUUUGGGAUCCCUUUACUGGUCGACCCUAACGUUGACUACCAUCGGUGACUUGCCUACGCCAGAAACUAACGCCGAAGUCAUGGCGGGUGGCAAUCCCCGGAGCCUCGCUCGACGUGGCCGACUGUCCCGGCUUCUGCAGUUCAAGCAUAACGGAGGGUACGUCUUCACCAUUGUCAGCUACCUCAUCGGAGUGUUCAUAUUCGCUACCAUCGUCGGGCAAGUUGGCAACGUAAUAACGAACAGAAACGCCAAUCGUUUGGAAUUUGAAAGGUUACUGGACGGUGCCAAGACUUAUAUGAGGCACCACAAGGUUCCCGGAGGCAUGAAACGAAGAGUGUUAAGAUGGUACGAUUACAGCUGGUCACGCGGAAGAAUUCAAGGCGGAGGUGACAUCAACACGGCACUAGGAUUGCUACCAGAUAAAUUAAAGACUGAGCUCGCGUUGCACGUCAAUUUGUCCGUCCUAAAAAAAGUUACCAUUUUUCAGGAGUGCCAACCGGAAUUUCUUCACGACUUAGUUCUUAAAAUGAAGGCGUACAUCUUCACCCCAGGGGACUCGAUAUGCCGGAAAGGUGAAGUUGCUAGAGAAAUGUUUAUAAUAGCCGAUGGGAUCUUGGAGGUGAUCAGUGAAACUGGAAGGGUUUUGACCACUAUGAAAGCAGGCGACUUUUUCGGGGAAAUUGGUAUUCUCAAUUUGGAUGGACUAAAUAAGCGUACGGCGGACGUGAGAUCAGUUGGUUACUCAGAAUUGUUCAGCCUUUCUCGGGAGGAUGUUUUGGGGGCGAUGAAGGAUUACCCAGAGGCUCAAGAAAUUUUACAAAACCUGGGCCGAAAGCGUCUUAUGGAGGCUCAGAGAGUGGCCAGAUCCGUCAGACAGCCGACGUCCCCGGGACACGACUCGUCCGACAAUAGCACCGGAAAAAGAAUCGUUGACAAGUUGAGGAGCGACGUUAAGGGUCUUAAAAACGUCCUCCGCAAAAGCAGGCGAAACACCAGACCCGAGGAGAGUCUGGAAUUGCAACCGUUGGCGCCGAAAGCUCCGAUGCUGCGACGCCAAACGAAAGUCGACGCGGACGCGCACGAAGUAUCGGCUUCGAGUAACGCCGAACCGCCGGUAUCGCCGAUCGGCGCAGGGCUGCCACUUUUGUCCAGGUUGAGGCUACUGAAGGAAAAACAAGAACGUGAGGAGAAGAAGAAUGUAGUCGAAACGCAAAGCGCCCCCGUAGAGCCGCAGACGACACAAGUUCCCGAAGCUCAAAAUCCGACGAAUCAGAACUUGCCGCUUCUGCAGAGGAUACUUCUGUUGAAGGCUAAAAAUGAUCAAGAAACGACGUCGGACAAAGAGGGACCCGCGAAAGAACCUCUUUUACCGAAAAAUUCUAUACCGGAAGAAACGGUUGAGAUGGAACGGAACCAGGAGGUAAUCCAAACUGCCGUUGCGGAAUCGUCCGCGAAAUCGCCGACUGCCUCGACCGAGAGCGGCGGCAGUAUAGUUGGUAAAAAACCGUGGAGCAUGCUGAAAGAUGCCUCUUUGAAAACUCGAGAUACGAAGAAGAAUCGCUCUCCGCAAAUAAGUCCGCCGGUUCGAAGGUUACGAGUGAAACGAAGCUUGUUGCACAUUCGGCAGCAGACUAAGAUGUACGCUUCGGUCGACGACUUAUCCCCCGAAUAUUGCGGAUUACCCUUUGUCAAGAAGUUGAAAAUUUUAAACGAACGGCAGAAGUUGGCUGAACUGGAAAAAGCGGUCAGAAGUUCAAGCUUGGAUUGCACAGAGCCGACGGAUAUUGAAUUCGAUAGUAAUCUCACAAGAAGUCACUCAGAGGCGUGUGCCAUCGAGUACGCAAGGAAACUGGCUAAAUUAAAUCAGGAUCAGGCAAUCACUUUCCAAAAUCAGCUUUCACCCGAGAAUGAAACUUUAGAACGGCGGAAUCUGAAAAGCAUACUUAAAAAACUGUCAGCCGAAAGUAGGACAGGAAGCUCGGAAACUUCGACCACGAGUAUACCAGACAAAAAAACGGCUACCGCCGAAUUACGGAAGUUGAUGAGGGCACCAACGAUCGAAGGCUACGCUGCGAGGCAUUCCAAGCUAUCAAAAAGCGUUACCUUUAAUAAAUAUACUCUGCAGAGCCCGCCGUCCGAGCAACCAAAUAACACGGCUAUCGGGGAUCAUCAACAUCAGCCACUUCCACAAGAACCGAAUCCACUGCCACCGCCUCCUACUAGUAAGCUUAACUUCCGUCCAAUAAGCAGUGGCAACAUUCUCCAAAUAGUUUCAGGAGCACGGGAGGAUGAAUACCUCGGUGAACUUGUCUCCGGGAUUCGCGAAGUGAUUCAGGCUCGAUUAGAAGACAUCCAAAGUAAAUUUGAACGUCAAUUUACUUCAUUGGAAUCGGAGAUUCGAAAACGAGACGAGAUCAUCUCCCAAUUGCAGGCAAGAAUUCAGGAGCUGGAGCAACGUGAAAAUCCACACGUAGACGAAUCUCGGGACAGUACCGAACCCGACACGUCUAUGGAAGAAGACAUAGCUGAGGAUCAUCCAUUCAUGCGAGAUGGAUCGGUGGACACGGUUUUGACAGCCCAACCGGAAAUGAGACGGGGAUCUUCGAUGGCGCCGACGCAUAACAGAAGAUCGUGGGAGGAUCAUUCGGAGGAGGAGACGUUAGAGCUGCAAGAUUUGCCUAGAUCGAUCAGUCCGCAAUCAUUGUGGAGGGACGACGUGGUAAUAGACCUGGAAUCGAGCAACGAACCAUCGAGUAACUCCGAAGACGAGAAGCAGGGUCAACAUCAAUCUGAUCAUCGUCAGACUGACGAGAAUUACGACGAGGAGGACGACGAGGAUGACGUUGACGUUGACGACGAUGAGGACGACGGGCAUAAUAAUUGGGAGGUUGCAAUGCUGGCUGAAGAAUUGGAGGCCAGGCGGAGAAAUAGCGAAGGAUCUAGUCCAGGUUCCUAGCCCAUUAAUAAAAUUCUAGAAGUAUUGUAUUAUUACUCAAAUACAACUGAUUCCAGAGAACAGCCAUGUCCUUCGAUCAAACGGGGUAGUGCAGCUUUUUGUAAUAACAAUUAUCCUUGUGUGAGUUGCAAGGAUAUACACAAUUGUCGCGAGACCAUGCUCUGAGGAUACAGCAAACAAUUUGUAGGACUCUGAAAGUUAUCCUGGGACUGUAUUUUUUUCAUAGAUAUACAUGUAUAAAAGUACGAUACGGGUCAGAAACAAACCCAUUUUUGUUAACGAAUUUAUUUCUCUCGCGUAGAUUGAGCAAGAUCAAUAUCCUCGUGAAACAUCUUUGUCAUUUCCAUAACGAUUUCUAUACUUUUCAUUAUUUUUUACCUAGAUAUAUUUUCGUAUUCCAUAACUAUCUUCUACCGCAUGUAAGUAGCAGAUUUACAUGGCAUAAAAACGUAAAAAAGUUUUACACUUAAUUUUGAAAUAUUAUGCGUCGUCGGUCAGAGCAUUGUUUUUUUUUUUUUUUUUUUCUUCUUCUUUCAAAAUAUAUAAAAAAAAUUCAAAGACAAGUACUACGUUUAAUUAGCAAUGUUUGCUAAUCAGCCAAAAGCUAAAUAUGCAGAAAAGUGCCAGAAGUGUUGCCAAAAAUAUCUUACAAUUCGGCUCAAUUAGGAUUUAAAGAAGGUAAAUAGUUAUCAUGUGAUUAAUAUAUUACAUAAUUAAUGAGCCAAAAUUGUACCAAAAUACUUACUUAAUAUCUCUUAUAAUAUUACCAAUUUCAUCUCACAUUCAAAGAUGAAAAGAAAUUUAUAAAUUGCAUUAUUUCUUGUGGAUUUUCCUGUACGUGCCAUUCAAUUAAUAUCUUAUUUUGGAAAAGCUGCACUACAAAAAAUAUUUCGAGUACUACAUGAACUAAAUAAAAUAAUUUUAAAUACAAGUAUUAAAUAGUUAAACCAAAGAAAAAGAAAAGAAAAUAAAAUAUAUUAUGUAUACUGACCAGACCAAGCUCAAUAUUUCUAGAGUCUUUACAAAACACACCUAUUAAAUAAAUAACUAUAUUAAGUAAAUUCAUAUGAAAAUUAAAAAAUAAUAAAAAUUAAAUUAAAUUAAAUACAAUAAAAAACUAUCAAAAACUUGUACAUACUAGCCUAUUAUUUAUUUAUUGAUAAGCAAGAGAGAAGGGUUUAAUGAACACAGAGUGCAUUUUAGAUGCUCAUACAUGUACCUCGAUACAGAUGAAAAGAAUAUACAAUAAAAUAAACAUUGUUUUCAGAGGA